AUGAAUAAAUUUAUAAGGAAAAACUCUUUAAAUUAAUAAUCGUUGAAAGAAUAAGAAACAAAAAGGUUGAAACAAUUCAUUCUAUAAAUUGAAUAAUAGCCAUCCUUAUAUGACACAUUGACAGAGGAAUAAAUUUUUGGGAUUUUGUGCAUUAUUCUUACGAAAUCAUCUUAUCAUAGAACUUAAUCAGAAAUAGAAAUCCUCAAAAAAGCAACCAAACACAUAGUCUAUUUUCAGAAAUUAUUAGAAAAAGAUUAAGGAGUUUUACUAUGGGAAAGAUGUCUUAGAAAGAUGAGUUAUACAUAUUUAUCAUAUGGUUAGACAUUAUUUCAUGAAGGUACUGUAUUUUAAUUAUAUAAAAAGGGGAUGUAGGAACAACAUUUUAUAUUAUCUUAUAAGGAAGAGUUAGUAUACACAAAAGAAUUUUAGUAUAAGAUGAAUUUUAGGAUAAGGAAUUGAUACAGUUAUAAGAUGGGUAAGCUUUUGGAGAAUUAGCUUUAGAGAAUAAUGAGCCAAGAUCUGCCUCUGUUAAAGCUAUACUUCCAACUCAUUUAGCAGUAUUAGAAGCUGAAGAUUAUAUGGUAAUUAAGAAAACAGUGGUAUUUUAAUUUAUAUUGAAUUUAAGAUUAACUAAUAAAGACAAAUGUAUUUUGAAGAAUUUGCAAAAUUAGCAAUUUUCAAAAGUUGGAAAUUUAUGAGCAUAAAAUCCUUAUUUGAUGUAAUAAAAUAAAAUAAAUAUGGACUUAAUCAUAUAAUUUAUAAAGAAGGGGAUCUUUCAAACGAUGUAUAUUUUAUAUAAACUGGAUAAUUUAAAGUAAUUCUUUUCUCACUCAACUCUCUAGGUGAUUAAAACUCUUCGGAUUAAAAAGCAAGUUGAAGAUAAUUAAGUUGAGGAUGAUUUAGAACUUCUUAAAGAUUAUUUUGCUUAUACAAAACCAGUUCUAUCCAAUUAGGACAAAAUAGAUAUGUUAUAUUAGAAAAAGAAAUAUGGUAAUUUGAUAGCAGGAGAUAAAAAAUCAAUCAUGACUUUAAAAUUUGUUGGGGCUGGAGAAAUGUUUGGGGAACUUGAAAUCUUAAAAUCAAAUGAUCUUUGUCGUCAAUUUAGUUAUGUUUCAACUUUUGAAAGUAAUACUGUAUAUUCAGUUUCAAAAAGAGAUUUCUUAAGAGUUAUACAAAAUGAUUAGCCUCUUUAUGAAAGUUUAAAUGUAUUGAAUGACGAUAAAUUAAAGUAAGCACUAGCAUAAAUUAAAGCUUAUGAGAAAAAUUUUAUUGAUUAAACUGAAAAGUAAAAUAUCCUUUAAAGAACUUAAAUAAAAGAAUAACUUAAUCCUAAACUCCUUACUGAAGAUGAUAUUGAAAAGAAUGUUUUAGUGAAAAAUUAAAGUUAACUAUGUAAAAUUAGUAGCAAAAAGAAGUCUAUUGACAAAAAGAUAAGAGAGUUAACUUUAACUCUUGAACCUCCUAAAAACGAAUCAGAUUCUACUACUCUACUUUCUCAACUCUAUCUUUCUGAAAGACAUAGAAGAUAAAAAACAGAAUAGCAAAUUGUUUCUAUCUCAAAAAAAACUCCUUUAAUGAAAAAAAGAUCAUUUGAAACUAGAAUUAAAUAUGUAAAUACUACACAAUCCUAGGAUAUACCAAAAUUAAAUGUGUUUAUAUGCACAGUUAUUACUAAAUUAUUUAAAAAUUAAUAAUUAAAAACAGAAAAAACUGAAGAAGACUUAUUAAAUGGUAAAUUACCUAAGUCAAGCUAUAAAGAAAUAAAGAAGAAUCUUGAAAUCCUAUCAGAUAGCCCAAGAUAAAUCUAAAAAAAGACUGGAAGUGAAAGUACUUUAAGCAAAAGAAUUCACUCUACUACAUCAAGACAAUAAACAAGUCCUGUAACAUCAAGAUUUAAAUAGAUUGAUAAAAUUACUCCAAUUUCUUUUAAGUCUUAGCUUCCCUUUGUUCUAUAAAAUAAAUACUUUGGAUUAGCAUCUAAAGAACAAUGA